AUGGCAAGAUUAACUUCAACACCAGUAAAUGAGAAUAAUAAUAAUACAUCAACGACCACAACGACCACUACAUAUCACCUUAACGCACGAUUAAAUUUUAAUCACAUUGAAUCCAACCCUUUAUUAAAAUCUCUUUACGAUCAAGUAGAUUCGAUGUUGCAACAACCUUCUGGUCAAGAAAUUACAAAAUUAUUUUAUGUGGUUCUUUCAGCUAUCGACAAAAAUUUUUCAAACCCAAAUUCCCCACUCUCAAUGAAUUCGGAAGUCAAUAAUUUGAGACAAUUGUUUAAUACUCCAAACGAUAGAAUGAGACUCACUUUAACUUUCCUGAGGUUACCGCAACAAUCUAGACUACAAUCCAACUCAUCUGACGGACCAUUGGCUUCUAAUUUACUUCCACCCCAUCCCGAAACUUGGUCCGAUACAACAAUGACUCCUUUGGUUGAUCAAGUAAUCAAAGAAGAAGAGUUGGAAGAUCUAUCAAGUGCCUUUGGGAACUAUCGUUAA